AACCACAAUUUCAGGAAUACUCAAGCUGAACACAUUCACUGAAACUCUGCCUCGCCAUGCCAGGUGUCACUUCUGAAGCCAGCAGAAACGCUGAUUAUGAGACUGCGACCUCCUUCCUCGGAGAAUGGGGACGUUUCCAGCAGCGGGUGUUUAUCCUCCUCUGCCUGAGCUUCAUCCCUAAUGGACUCACCGCCCUGUCUAUGGUGUUUCUGGCCGACACGCCGGGGCACCGGUGCAUCCUGCCGGUGCACCUGAACCUCAGCGCCGCGUGGUGGAACAGCAGUAUUCCGCUGGAGGAGGAGGAUUCGAGCCGCGGAGGCGCUUUGGUGCCCAGCAAAUGCUCCAGAUACAAACUGGAGCAUGUGCUGAAUUACUCGGAGAGAGGUUUGCUACCUGGAGUGGACGUUAAUCUGUCUAAUGUUCCCCAAGAAGGCUGCUUGGACGGAUGGGAGUUUGAUCAGAGCGUUUAUACAUCUACUAUUGUAUCUGAGUGGAACCUGGUGUGUGGUGAAAGCUGGAAGAAGCCGCUCACUUCUUCUAUGUAUUUUGGUGGUGUUCUUGCAGGCUCCUUUGUUUCAGGACAGCUCUCUGACAGAUUUGGGAGGAAAAUAGUAAUGUUUGCCACCAUAGCACUACAAGCUGUCACAACACUGAUUCAGAUUUUCUGUUCAAGUUGGAUCAUGUUUGUCAUUUUGUAUUUUCUUCUUGGAUUGGAACAAAUUUCCAAUUAUCUGGUUGCAUUUGUUCUAGGAGCAGAAAUAUUAGGCCCACAGGUCCGAACAUUGUUUUCCACUGCUGGAGUAUGUUUGUUCUUUGCUGUGGGCUACAUGCUCCUACCACUGCUGGCAUUCUUCAUGAGAGACUGGAGGUUGCUUCAAGUUAGCUUCAUGGUGGCAGGCUGCAUUUGUUUGCCUCUGUUCUGGUUCAUUCCAGAGUCUCCUCGGUGGUUGCUAUCUCAGGGUAGAAUAGAGGAAGCCGAGGCCAUAAUUCGAAAAGCAGCAAAGAUAAACCGGAUUGAACCUCCAGUUGUCAUCUUUAGAACUCAAAAGAAUGGAGGCAAGACUCAAGAGAAGAUGGCCCACAACAUCUGUGACCUUCUUCGUUCUCCAAAUAUCCGAUGGCUUUCUGUCACGCUGUGGCUUGUCUGGAACACCCUCACCAUCGCCUACUAUGCUCUUUCCCUCAACACGGCUAACCUCCAUGGAAAUCCAUUCUUCAACUGUUUCUUGUCCGCUGUGGUAGAGAUGCCAGCCUACGGUUUGUCGUGGGUUAUGUUUCGCUGGUGUCCCAGACGGCUCAGUGUUUCCUCUACACUUUUUGCAGGAGGAUUGUUUAUAUUGAUCAUACAGCUCAUACCCGCACACUUGGUUGUUCUAUCCAUAACAUUCGAGAUGAUGGGGAAGUUUUCUGUGUCGACUGUUUUUGCUGUUGUGUAUGCCUACACAGCAGAACUGUACCCAACUGUGCUGAGGAAUACAGCUGUGGGAGCCUGCUCCACAGCCUCCAGAAUUGGCAGUAUCAUUGCUCCAUACUUCAUCUACUUAAGAACCUAUUCCGUCUCCCUGCCAUACAUCCUAGUGGGAAGCCUCACAGCUUUGACUGGACUGCUGAGCCUUCUUCUUCCUGAGAGCUUUGGAAUGCCUUUGCCAGACACCAUCAGUCACAUGCAAAGCUUUCCUGGAUGUUGUCAGAAAAGACCUUAUGUCAUCACCGACAAUAAGGAACAGGAAAGUGCUGCUGAAGAAAUGUCUCUUGCGAGACAGAGUGUCACUCAAAACUAACCAAACAUAUGGCUGACUGUAAAUUCUGGGCAUGUCUGUUUGGAACAGAAACUGCACAGAGAAUAUGUCCUAUCCAUGUAUAUGUAAAAUUACUUUUCUACACAUUGACAGUGGUUCUACACAAAGCGUUUAUUUUUAUUUUUUUUUAGAACAUCUCGUUUACAUCAAGUUAAAGUGCAUUCUGAUCAUUAUACUGUAGUUGUUCAUCUCUGCCGUUGUUACUAACAAUGCACUGGUUAAAUUCUUUUGUGCAGUUCUGUAAGUAACUGUUCUCCAAUAAAUGAUGGAUUUGUAAAUCCUUA